AAAAAUAGGCCCCUUUAAAUAUCGAUAUUCAUUUGUUGAACUUUCGCCGAGGGGGCCGACGUUAUUGCAUAGCGAUUUGCCAUCUGUCAGUGCAUUUAAAUUGAACCACACCCAUCCUAGCGAUUAUUCAGCGAGCGAGCGCCUGACCUACAUUGGCGAUAACACAGAGGGAUGACUAGACUAGUGUGUACGUUCAGAAGAGUGUAGAGAGCGAUCGGAGUUAUGUCGGUGUGGGGUGUUCGUAGUUGGAUCAUAGCUUUUUGUGAGAGAUUGAAUAUUUGAAUGGAAAUACUUAAAAUGUUUGUAACGGAUUGUGAAGUUUGUUGCUAGUGCUUUCAUCAGACACUUAGUUAACUAACCCUUUGACAAGUCUUAGCAAAAAAUGUGGUUUGACAUCUCAAUGCCAGGAUGUGAUACGGGCACAAUCAUCGAAUCCAUGCCGGCUGCGGAGUAUAAUGUGUUCACAUGUUGGGAAAUGUAAUCGGAAAAGUGUCGUAAAAUUGGUCAUUCUAACCGUGUGUGUAUUAAGUUGUGUUCCACUUGCCCGAGGUCUUACCAAACCCGACCUUUAUCCUUUUGGAACGUCAGCUUCGGACACUAUUACAGAUAAAGCGGACGACGGAGGCUCGCUUAAGAUUGAGCUGAAAAACCCUUUCAAAUUUUUCGGCAAAAGCAAAUUUAGUCUCUUUGUGAACAACAAUGGUCUUAUAACCUUUGACGCCCAGCUUAGUGAGUACAAACCUAAGUCCUUCCCCCUCCAAGAAAAUAUCCCCCUCAUAGCGCCCUUCUGGGCGGACGUGGACGUCAGCAGGGACUGGUCUAAAGGGAGCAUUUGGUACAGGCAGGAGUACAGUCCCCUUCUCCUCAACAGAGCGUCACAGGAGAUUCAGAACUACUUCAUAUCACAGAGAAACUUCCAGGCCAAAUGGCUGUUUGUCGUCACCUGGGAUAAUGUCGGAUUCUAUGGCGCAUCUGGACCAGGCCGAAGCAAAAAAAACACGUUUCAGGCAGUGCUUGUGAGGAACGAGGAGAAGUCCUUUGUCAUUUUUAAUUAUUUAAGAAUCCUGUGGACGACCGGAAGUAACAGUUUGGGAGAUCCAUUAACUGGACUAGGGGGCAGCACAGCUCAGGCUGGGUUUAACGCCGGGGACAAGAGGAAUUAUUACUCCAUUGAAGGAGCCCAAACCCCGGACGUGAUUAACCUAACACUUACUAGUAACGUGGGCAUUCCCGGAAAAUGGGUCUUCCAAGUGGACGGCAAUAAUAUUCUGGAUAUCAAAUGCAGUCAUGCUGAACAAAUUGACGUUUUCCCGAAAGUGGGAUCCAUGUUUGGAGGCGAGGAGAUACGCAUAUCAGGACCAUGCUUUAGUUCAGCAUUCACAAUUCUUGCCCGCAUCAAAGAAACAAAUGAGACAUUUGAGUGCACAGCUAUUAAUGACAUAUCAGCAGCUUGUAUCAUGCCUAGUGUUUUCCGCACCGGUCAGAUGACGAUAGAGAUGAACCCUUAUGAAAUGGGUUGGAAUUAUUCCUCUGUUUAUCAGAUAGAAAACGUAGCGUCUUUGGCGCCGAAAAUCAUCCGUCAUAACCCUGACUUGUGGGUCAUCCAAACUAACGUGACCAUGUCCUGGAACUUGUUCUUCACUCCGUCCUCUCUCUUCUUCCUGGACAUACUGGCCUAUCAGAAUACAAAUGAUAGUGGGCCUAGUUUUGUCACUGUUCACAGCAGUGAACUCUUUGACCUCCAAACUCCUACAAACUCAUCCAUUGCAUUCACUUCCUUCCUAUUAGACGGGAUCUUGUACGAGGAUAUGACGUCAUUGGUUUUACGUGUGAGAUAUAAUACCUCUGCUGGAUUUAGUUCGAUUUGGUCAGAUGUAUUCCCAAUAAGAUGGUCCUUAUCUACAAAUGCUGAAAAAAUGUGCCAAAAUUGGUUAAAAAGUUCACUUCCUGUUCGAAAUGAAACUGAGUCGACUUGUCCCUGUACUCUAAGACAGGCGUCACGUGAUACUGGGCGUUAUUUUGUGGACCCCUUGUGUAACCUUCAAAAUAAACACAGGGAGACAAACUGCCUGUAUAACCAGGGUGCGGCUCAAUGCUUCCGGAGAAUGCUUCUUAGCUUAUCUAUGAGUGGAGAAACGUGCUGCUACAGCGGGGAUGGUGAACUGCUGGAUGCACGUGAUCAGCCCCACGCUGGAGGGACCAGGUCUCUCUAUCACAUACAUGCACAGGGAAGGGAUAUUGUGCCCUUCUUCUCGUAUUUCAAGAAUGAUCUGGUGCCUUUUGUGCAGUGUUGUCAAUAUUCCUACAAUAAUUCCAUGUGCCAACAUUUCUUAAAACUUCGACCGCCAACAACGUGCCAAGCAUACACCCCACCCACUCCUGCGCAGGCAGCUGGGGAUCCUCACUUGACAACGUUAGACAGGAAAGAUUAUACUUUUAAUGGCAUCGGGGAUUUCGUCUUACUGCAAGACGUCAAUUCUUCUAUGGUUGUGCAAGUGCGCUCCAUUCAGACGAGGGACACCGGGGGGAUUUUGCAAAACGCCAGUGUAUUUUCUGCAAUAGCAAUGCAAACGAGAACUUCUGACAAAGUUGAAAUCUACAAAACUAGUGACGGAAUGGCAGAGAUUUUAAUAAACAAUGACUCUGUAGAACUGGUAGAAACUACCUCAAACUUUAAUGGUGUUAAUUUGGAGCGAGGAGAGAGGGAGAACUCUACAGUGAAUAUUCUAGUUGUGUUUGAGAAUGAAGAUUUAUCCAUAUCAGUCGAUGUGUCCAAGGAUCUCGUUAACGUUCUAGUCAUGAUCAGCGGCGAAAGAUACAAAGGUAAAAUUCGUGGCUUGCUUGGUAAUUUUAAUGGAGAUGACAACGACGAUUUCAUAACCCGACAAAACCAGGUGCUGCCUUCUGAUGCCUCAAUGGAAGACUUGCAUUUCAAAUUUGGAAUGUCCUGGGAGGUGCAAAGUGAUGAAUUGUUAUUUACACGCCAAAACACAGAAAGCACUGCAAUAAGCUACACACCGGUAUUUCUGGACGACAUUGGAAAUCCGGAAUUAAAUUUGACUGUUGUUUUAGAGUUGUGUGGUGAUAAUAAGCAGUGUCAAUAUGAUUAUAGUGUAACUAAAAAUGAGAACAUAGCAAAAGGGACCAUGCAGUUUAUAGAGAAAUUCAAAGAAAUUGAAAGUGAUGUACAGAAAGUGGUUAGGUGCCCGUUUGUGGAUGUGCCAACUAAUGGGAAUCGCUCAGUAAGCGGGUACUCGGUGGGGGCCAACGCCACAUUCUGGUGUAAGGAAGGUUUCCAACUUAUACAGGGUGUGUCCUUCAUAGUCUGCAGAGAAGAUGGAGGGUGGUCAGGGGGCACACCUAUGUGUGUUGAAAAAGUUGUUGAUGAGAGUUCAAUAAGCAGCUUGGUUGUAUACAUAGCAUCCAGUUCUGGAGUUCUGGUCGCUGUGAUUUUUAUAGCAAUUGUUCUUAUGGUGCUCGUAAAGUGUAGACGAAAACCCAAACCUGAGGCGGACCCGGAAAUAAAUGGACCCAUAUUUGAAAAUCCCAUUUUUCUGGAAAGUUUAUCGACGUUGGGAAAUGGAGGGGCCUUUAAAAUUCCUCGUCCUACUUAUGUGGACCCUAAUCUUUUGGACGACUAUUUCUUCUAGUGGCUUGUCGUGAGUUUAGCUAACAUUUCCGUGGUGCAUUGCUCUAGUCAGGGGAUCUAUUAAACAAGUCUUUCAGAAUCAAAAACUGCAAUAUUUUACCGCCUCUCAGUUCUAGCCAGUCUUUUCAUUGUUAGAUGUAAUCCUGUUGAUUGUUAUAAUGUUUUAAGAGAAGCAUUUUUACAUGAUGUAAUAUCUAGUGCGGUUUGAUGUGCGUUUAUUAUUGAUAGGAUGAUUUUAGUGAUUCUUAUCAUUCCAGUCAUCGACAUUUUAUCAUUGAUUGUAUAUAUUAUCAUUUCUACAUUUACGUGUUCAUGGGUAACAGAAGUAUGAACAUGUGUUCAGUGAAUUUAGAAUGCGAGUCACUGUGAAGUUGUCACUGUUAUUUUUAAGAAUGCUUCAUGGAUGUGUGUUGAGCGUAACUUUGUUGAACAUGAUACAUAAUAUUAUUUGUAUAUAAUGAUGGAACAAAAUCUUAAAAUGAACAAAUAAAAACACAAAAUAAAAUUG